CAGAGGAACAGUACGCACAGAAGUCCAGAGGAACAGUGGGUACAGAGGAUUAGAGGAACAGUAAGCACAGAGGACCAGUGGAAAAAUGGGUACAGGGGACCAGAGGAACAGAGAGUACAGAAAACCAGUGGAACAGUGGCUACAGAGGACCAGAGGAAGAGCAGGUACAAACGACUAGAGGAACAGUGGGUACGGACGACCAGAGUAACAGUGGGCACAGAGGACCAGAAUAACAGUAGAACAGUGGGUACAGAGGAACUGAGGAACUGAGGAACAAUGGGCAUAGAAGACGAGAGGAACAGUCCGUACUGAGAACCAGAGGAACAGUGAGUACAGAGAACCAUUGGAACAGUGGGCACAGAGGACCAGGAAAACAUUGGGUAUAGAGGACCAGAAGAACAGUUGGUACAGAGGACCAGAGGAACAGUGGGUAGAGAGGACCAGAAGAACAGUGGGCACAGGGGACCAGAACAGUAGGUGCAGAGGACCAGAGAAACAGUAGGCACAGAGGAUCAGUAGAACAGUUGGUACAGGGACCCAUAGGGACGAUGGGCACAAAGGACCAGUGGAAAAAUGGGUUCAGGGGACCAGAGGACCAGAGGACCAGAGGGUAGAAAGGACCAUAGGAACAGUGUAAACAGAGCACCGGCGGAACAUUGGGGUAACCAUAGGAACAGUGACUAUAGAGGACCAGUGGAACAAUGGGUACAGAGGACCAGAGAACAGAGGGUACAGAGGACCAGAGGAACAGUGGGUACAGAGGAACAGUGGAGCAGUGGAUACAGAGGACCAGUGGAACAGUGGGUACAGAGGACCAGGGGAACAGUGGGCUCAGAAGAACUGUAGGUACAGAAAACUAGAGGAAUAGUGGGCACAGAGGACCGGAGGAACAGUGGGUACAGGGGACCAGUGGAACAGCGGGUACAGAGGACCAAGGGAACAGUGGGUACAGAAAACUAGAGGAACAAUGGGCACAAAGGACCACUGAAACAGUGAGUACAAAGAACUAGAGGAACAGUGGGUAUAGAGCACCAGAGGAACAGUGGGUAAAAAGGAUAAGAAGAACAGAAGACCAGAGGAACUCUGAGUACAGAGGACCAGAACAACGGAGGACCAGAGGACCAGAGGAACAGUGAGCACAGAGGACCAGUGGAACAGAGGGUAC